UAAUUUUUAAUGCUAAUUCUUUUUGCUUAUCACGAAAGAAAGUAUGGUAAAAUAUAUGUAGUACAGAGUUAUACUUUGUGUUAUUAAUUUAACUGAUUAAUCUCCUGUAACUUUUCUGGAAAAAUAAUUUUUAACACUAUUUUAUCUUAUGGUUAGUAAUUUAGAGCUUUAUGAAAUCAAUAAAUAAUAACUUUAUUAUGGAAUCAAAACUAUGUCGACAACAAAGUGUUAUGAAUUCUUUGGCUCAGCCUAAGUAUAGAAAUAGUCUUCUUGAAAAAAAUAAUACUUGGAGUAAUUUACUUAAUAAAAAAUCAGUCAGCACUAACACUGCCACAACCAACAAUACAAAACAAAAAACAAAUUCUGCUCAGAGCUGCGCUAAAAAAAGUAAAAGUGUUCAAUGUGAAUCACCCUGUAUAAAGGAGAGUCAGAGUACUACUACACUUUCUGUUUUCAAUCCAAUUAGAACAUUGCAAUUUUUAUUAAAAGAAAUUAAUCACUUACCAAAUGUUCAAAAUACUGAUAUUUCAAAAAUUGUACAGGACAUGCAGGUUGUAGUUGAAAGAAUUGUUGACGAGUGUUCAAAAGUUUCCAAUAUUAAAUCAAAUAAUAUACUAGUUGAUAGUUCAAUGAUUCCAACAAAAGACAAUUAUUGUAAUGAUUUUAAGUCUGAAAAAACCUCAAAAGAAAAUGAAUAUUGGUUAACCCUACAUAACAAAAUAAUAGAACUUGAAAAUAAUUAUGCUAAGAUUUUGAAAACAGUUAAAAUGACUGAAGAGAAACUUGUAUGUGUUACUUCUGAACGUGACAAAAUAAUUGGGAAAUUUAAAGAAACAUGCAAUUCAUUAGAAAUACUUAACAACCGCGAAAGGGAAUAUUUAGACACCAUAGCCAGUCUUAAAUCUAAACUUAUGGCAUCAGAAAAAUUAGUUUAUGAGCAGGAAGUUACUAUUAAAGAAUUAACAAAACAAAUAAAUAAUGUCUCGAAAAAUAAUGUGGUAAAUAAUUUUACCAAAAAAAUAAUACCAGAAGAAGAAAAAAAAGAAAGCAUAACAAAUUUUAAUGAAAAUAAGUUGAAAACAAAUGAAGGCGUUUCAAAAUUUGACCAUGAAAAAUCCAAAAAAGUACACAAUGCUAAUACUAGUGAAGUGGCUAAACUAAGGUUUAAUAUCAAAAAAAUGAAAGAUAUUGUGAUGAGUGGCUUAGAAAAUGAUGAUUUUAAAAAUGUAUCAAUGGCCUCACUUAUAUCUAAUAAAUAUCCAUUAAAAUCAGGUGAUGAAGAUCGUAAUAUCGAUAGACAAUUUAAUGAAUAUAAUAGACAGGCGUCAGCUAUAAAAUCAGCUAAAUUUGAACUUAAUCAGUUAUUUGAUAGUAUAAAAGCCCAAACAAACCAUUCGAAGGAGUUAUUUGAUUCAACACAAUUAUACAACAAUAGCAAUUUAUUAAGUGACAUUUCUGACGAUGAAGAUAAUUAUUCAAACAAAUCAAACUUCAUGAGUGUUUUAACAAAUUCUAGUUGUUAAUUGGCUUUUAAUUGACUGUAAACAAAACAUUAUUAUUAUGAUGAUAAAUACAUUUUAAACAAAUUAA